CUUGCAGGGACAGCAGUUCUUGCGAUUGGACUAUGGCUUCGGUUUGAUUCACAGACCAAAAGCAUCUUUGAACUGGAAUCCAACAACACGACGUUUUACACAGGAGUUUACAUCCUUAUUGGAGCUGGUGCACUUAUGAUGCUCGUUGGUUUCUUGGGAUGCUGUGGUGCAUUGCAGGAAUCUCAAUGUAUGCUUGGCCUGUUCUUCCUUUUCCUUUUUGUGAUUUUUGCCCUUGAAAUUGCUGCAGCGAUCUGGGGAUUUGCAAAUAAAGAAAAGGUUAUUGAAGAGUUAAAGGACUUCUACAAGGAAACCUAUGCAAAGAGGUCUCAAGCACCUGCCAGAGAGACACUGAAAGCAUUUCAGUUAGCUCUAGACUGCUGUGGUCUUACAGGAGCUCUUGAGCAGCAGUUCAUGGACACCUGUCCGAAGAAGGCCUUACUCGAGUCUCUUUCUGUAGUGUCAUGCCCUGAUGCCAUUGAUGAUGUCUUCAAUUCAAAAUUGAAUGUGAUUGGAGCAGUUGGCCUUGGCAUUGCUGUGGUAAUGAUUUUCGGCAUGAUAUUCAGUAUGGUUCUCUGCUGCGCUAUCCGCAAAAACAGAGAAAUGGUCUAAGAGCUAAAAACCCAAGACUGCUGCACUAUAAAAAUCUUUGUCAUUAACUUCAGCGUUCUGAAAGCAUUUCUAAAAAGUUAUAUAUUUGUUACCUUUUUAAUGCUUUAUUUGGUACUGAUGUAGGUUUGCUUUAUAUGUUCUAGUUAAAAUGAUAAAGGUAUAUCUGACUCAAGAAAAAUAUUGUAUAUAAAAUACCUGACUUUCUUGAAACUUACGUAAUUUGGAUGUAAUUUAUGUUGGAGACAAUUUGAUACUUAAUAAAGAGUAAGAUGU